GCAGCUGCAGCUGACUCGCUCUUUAGCAAAACGUCUGGGAGGAGCCGUCGGGACCACAAAACUGUCUGGUACCCGGAUCAGACCACAGAGGUACAGGAAGGCAGAAGACAGGAGCAUGGGUCGCGCGCUGAUGCUGUUGCUGUCGCUACUGUGGACUCUGGCCUGCAUCCCAGCCUCUUGGGGCCUGCAGUGCAUCCGGUGUGAGAGCAGUGCGAGCUGCCGCGAGGAGGAGUGUGCCCCCGGCCACGACCUCUGCAGGACCACCGUCCUGCGCGUGUGGGAAGAAGAAGAGCUGGAGGUGGUGGAGAGAGGCUGUGCCCAUCCAGAAAAGACUAACAGAACCCUGAGCUAUCGGACUGACUCGCAGAUCAUCAGCCUUACAGAGAACGUGUGUGCGGGAAACCUGUGCAACCGGCCCAGACCUGUGGGCCGGGGGCCCGUCGUCCCCUUAGGCCGUUACCUGGAGUGCUCUUCCUGCACCUCGGCAGACAAGAGCUGCGAGAGGGGCCGCGAGCAGACAUUGCAGUGCCGCUCUCCCCGUGAGCAGUGUCUGGAGUUGGUGACCCACCACAGCCUGGAAGGAAGCUUGAGCGAUGAGAACCACAUCCGAGGCUGUGGCAUCCUUCCGGGCUGCCCAGGCCCCACCGGGUUCCACAACAACCACACGUUCCACUACCUGCAGUGCUGCAACUCCACCAAGUGCAAUCGGGGCCCGGUCCUGGAACUUGAACAGCUGCCACCCAAUGGCUUCCAGUGUUACAGCUGUGAAGGAAACAGCACCCACGGAUGUUCCUCCAAUAAGACUUCCCUCAUCCACUGCCAGGGCCCCAUGGAUCAAUGUCUGGAAGCCACAGGCACUAAGGAGUUGCAGAACCCGAGUUACACAGUGCGUGGCUGUGCGACCGCCUCAUGGUGCCAGGGCUCCCAUGUGGCAGACACCUUCAGAAUGACCCAAGUCAUUGUUUCCUGCUGCUCUGGCAGUGGCUGUAACCGCCCAGUCCCAGAUGGUCAGUUCCAUAGUGGAGGUGCCUCCCAGCCUGGCUCUGCCUACCUCAGCCUCACCAUGACUCUGCUCAUGACUGCCAGACUGUGGGGUGACAUUCCCCUCUGGAUCUGAAUCCAAAAGCCUCCACCUUGGCUGGAUCCAAGGACGUCUUUGCUCUUACCUCCACUCUAUUCUUGCAGACUUGUGUACCAGUGUGCUGACUUCUCUGGGCCUCAGUUUCCCCAGUUAUCCAAAAAACCUGUUUCAUCAAGUUGUCCAGAGCACCAGAGGAAAAUGGCCUGGAGAAAGGAUCUUGAGUUUAUUCAUAUUGUCGCCACUGUUAGGACUGUUAUGAACUAAUAUUCAUAUUAUUUAUUUUAUAUUAUAAAUAAAAUUUUUGUA